AUGACGUACGGCACUCUGCAUCGAUCCGCCCGAUGUGCCGUUGACACUGCGAUCGUCUACGACGGAUGGGUCAUACCUGCGGGAACGGCCGUCAGUAUUUCGUCUCACUGCCUGCAUACCGACGCUUCAGUCUUUUCGCAGCCACAUCUCUUCCAGCCAGAGCGAUGGCUGGAAGGGUGUACGCGAGAAAUGCACCUGAGCCUCAGACCAUGGUCGGCGGGUUCUCGCGAUUGCCCCGGACAAAGGCUCGCAAAAGGAGCAAUCGUGAAGAUUCUGGCUGAAAUGUUUGGUCCCAACAUGCCUUGCAUGGCACCUUUCGCCACUACCGUGAGCGAUGUGAUGCCAAAGUUUGAUUAUCUCGUACCAAUGAGGAAGUUCAACAGCCAUGGUCUUCGAGUAAAGAUUGUGUAA